CAAGAGAAUCAAUCCUUCACCGCUCCCUCUGCCAACCUUCUCCAAGUCGUGUAUCCCCGGGACUUGUGAAGAUAUUCGAGGAUCAAAAGAUAGAACUGCCGAGCAUUCUACAAAGUUCCCACGAGCAAAGCUGGUUACUACUACCAUGACUGCAUCAGCUGGUCUCGAUGUCAAGGCGAUCUUGCUAGACAUUGAGGGCACUGUUUGUCCAAUCUCCUUUGUCAAAGAUGUCUUGUUCCCCUAUGCUCUGAAAGUUCUCCCAGAAACUCUUGAGACCCAGUGGGAUAACCCAAGUUUCGCCAAGUACAAGGAUGCAUUUCCCCCGGAAUACAGAACAUCCAAGGAUGAAAUGGCUGCCCAUGUUCGGGAUCUGAUGGACAAAGAUGUAAAGAUCGCCUACUUGAAGAGCCUUCAGGGAUACUUGUGGGAAGAGGGUUACGCAGCGGGACAUUUGAAAGCGCCCCUAUUUCCAGACGUAGCCGAGAAGCUCCGUACAUGGCAUCAAAAUGGCCUCAAAAUCAUGAUUUACUCCUCUGGGUCUGUCCCGGCACAGAAGCUAUUAUUCAAGCAUACAAAUGCUGAGCCAUCGGACCUAACGCCCCUCAUCUCGGACUGGUUUGAUACCGUAAACGCUGGGUUGAAGCAAGAACGAAAGAGCUACCAGACGAUCGCGGAAGCUCACCCGGAAAUCCCGGUUGGGGAGUGGCUAUUCCUCAGUGACAACGCAAAGGAAGUUGACGCAGCCAUUGCCGCGGGGAUGCAGAGUAUGGUUGUACAGCGUCCCGGCAAUCCAAAGCUCCCACCAAACGUGAGAGGACGGCUUCCACUUAUAGAAUCGUUCACCCAAAUUUGAAAAAUGGCGGGGUAGAGGUGACAGCGCUUCUCUGAGCCGAUCUCCGGACGAGAAUUGACUUGACCCGAGUCAAAGAGGCCGCCGUAGAUGGCUGGAUCGAGCGGAGAAUGCCAAAAAAGCAAUUGAACAGCAUUAUGUCGGCGCCCAUACUAGCACGCGAACACCCACCUGCUUGCUGUAGGCAGUGUCGGUACUGUAGACGAGGCAGGCCAAGGUCACAUAGUCAUGUCGCUUAUAAAGACAUUCGCCUGAAAAUGGUUUCAUGGUUCAAUAGAUUUUGUGACUUAAAUAAGUUAGACUAGAUACAAAAGGUAGCUGAUGAUACACCUGCGCUACGAUAUAUUGAUGCUUCAGAAAAGUGCU